AUUUAGACAUGAUUUUAAUGGCUUCGCGUUCCUUCUUAUUACGUCUCAGCCAUUUCCUUCUUAAUGACUCUAAACUUCGAGAGGCUCGACGCUUGCUUCUACGUGAAUAUCUUCAAGAAUAUCUUGUUGUCGAGAUGAACAGCCAACCACGCUAUCUGCUUUGCCUUCGAAUUACCGCUUUUGGAAUAGCCUACCGUCAGCAAGCGGUGUUUCACUCGCACGGUAUGCAGAUAAGCACCGUUGAGGCGCAUCAGCCUGACUAAAUCUACUGACAGCAAACCCUUCAGCAUUGCAAUAUUUUAAUGUUCCUUUAAGAUCGCUUUAAGGAAAUCUAUAAAGAUGCAUUUUCAAACAUUUAAGUAAGACCUUAAAGCCUUAUUAAAGACAGAGUUGUUUUAAUGCACCUUUAAGAUCACUUUAAGGAAGCCUAAACAAGCAUUUUCAAACCUUUAAAGUUGAACAUUAAAGGUCCAGUAAAUUCUCUUUUAAUGAACUUUAAGAAACAUUUCAGAGAGACCUGAAAUGCGUCAAUACUUUGCUUUAAGUGCAGAAUUAAAUUCUCAUUAAAAGUUCAUUCUAUAAUUAAUGAUGCCAUAAAAGACACCUGAAAUGUUCCAAUUGUAUAACUUUAAGGUUGAUUUCAGUUCACUUAAAUCUCAAUUUUCGUCCUGUGGUUCGCUCCCCCCCCCCCAAAAAAAAAAAAAUGAAGGUCUGGCUACGCCACUGCAUAUUCACCCAGCUGACGCUCCAUGGAUGAACCAGAAGCUUAAAUCCCUAAUUUUUAAGAGACAAAAAGCUUUCAAUGCGCACGGUGUACAUUCCUCCCAAUUUAAAUAUUACCGAAAUUGUGUCAACAGAGAAAGAAAAGUCUUCAAGGCAAAAUACUACGAAUCCAACAUUAAACAACUUAAAGAGAAGUCCCAAGGAAAUGGUGGAAUCAGGUUAUCAUUUCUUCAAGUAUAAGGCUAUAGACGAACCGUUUGUUAGGAAAAUGCUUGAGUCGUUUUGUGUAGAUGAUUUGGUAUCCGGUGAGUGCACAACAGACAAGGCAUAUACGCUAUAUGAGAAGGCAAAGGAUAGGUUAGCUAGUGGUGGGUUCAAGCUUCGAUAGUGGUUAAGUUACGAUAAGUUCUUGUUAAAAAGAAUAGAGGUGAAGGAAGGCAUAGACAGUGUAGAAGGGGAAUCCGAUCACAUAAGCUAUGCCAAAUCUACUUUAGGUGUACAAGUAAAUCUGGUGAGCAUAAAGUAUUAGGACUUGCGCGGGUUAAUGAUAGGGACGCGAUUAAAUUUAGCUUUGAUGUGGUACAAAGGGCAGUUGAAUGGGUGGCAACUAGGCGAAAUGUACUUUGUCUACUUGCAGAUAUAUUUGACCCGUUAGGCCUGAUUAGUUCAAUACUGGUUGAAUUAAAGGUACUCUUUCAAGAGUUGUGUGUUGCCGGUUUGGGUUCGGAUGACGAAUUUCACGGUAUCUACAAACAAAAAUGGAACAGUUGUCUUGGACAAAUGGGUAAGGUUGGAGAAAUUUGCAUAAAUAGAUGUGUCAAGGUAAGUGGACGUGAGUUGGACGGUCAUUGGCAUCUCCAUGGGUUCUCAGAUGCAAGCAAGGCUGCAUACAGUGCUCUUGUUUAUUUUGUGUAUAAGAUCAGUGUAGGAACAGAGGUAAGUAUACUGGCAAGUAAACCUAGGGUUCCUCCUCUCAAAAAAUUAAGCAUACCACGAUUGGAACUAAUGGGAGCUUGGUUACUGGCGCAGUUGGUUGAUUCCAUUAAGCGAGCAAUGUGUAGCGAACAAGUUCUUGAGCGAGUUGGGUUGUGGACAGACAGUAUUACAGUUCUGUAUUGGCUUCAGAAUAAGGGGGAAUGGAAACAAUUUGUUAAGCAUUGUGUUGAUGAAAUUUUGCGAUUGACUAAGGGUAUGGUUUGGAGGCAUUGUCCGGGACUUGACAACCCGGCUGACAUAGGUUCGCGGGGAUGCAAGGCUUUUGAGUUGAAGGAAUGUGAUAAGUGGUGGAAUGGUCCAUAAUGUUUAGGUAAGUCUGAAGAAGAAUGGCCAAGAUUCGAUGAUGACGAGGACUGGGGCGAGGUAGAUGUUGGGGCGAGAUUUCUGUAUUUGAGUACAAAACUGAAACAUUUCAGGAAUCAUCGGCACAGGGAGUAUUUGAGCGAUUUACGGGAGCAUCACGAUGGCAAGGGCAACAAGAACAAUGCCAGGACAGUUAAGGUAGGUGAGGUGGAGAUUGUCUCCGAAGAAGGUAAGAAGCGUGGUCAGUGGCGUACCGGUAUUGUUGAGAAGUUAAUGGUUGGUCGUGAAAGGGUUGUGCGUAGAGCGAAGAUAAGGACGAUCAAAGACGGGAAACCUAGUAGAUUGCACAGACCAUUACAAAGGUUAGUACCAUUAGAAAUCAGUUUAGAUCAGGAAACAAAAAUGAAAUGGAAGGAUGAAACCGAGGAGAUUAGGAAGACAUGAAGAGUGAGAAAGCAGCGGCGAUUGAUGCAGGAUGGAAAGAUAAAUUAAUGUUGACUCCGGAUUAUAAUUUCUAAUAAAAUGUAAUAGAUUGUUGUGUUUCGUUGGGACAUAUUUUAUGUAAGAACAAUAUAAUUUAACUAUGACGUAAUACGAGAGCACGAGGGAGAAGGUAAGGAGUCGGAAAGUAGACAGUUUGCUUGGAAGGAUUAUAUGUUGAAGUGUACAUAUAAAAUGAAAAAUAUCAUUAUUGUACCGAUUGUAAGCAAGAAUAAAUAGAAAAUACAACUUUUGUGUGUAUUAUCGAACUCUUGCAACAAUUGUCGUUUUCUUAUAAAACAUUUAUUGCUGGAAUUUUAAGACGUAAAUACAUUUGAUAUACUGUUUUCGUCAAUCUUGUAAUAAUUUUUGGACAACUAUAUUUAUUUUGAUGUCAUAAAAUCACUUCCAACAAUUGUUUGGUGAUAAAAUAAUUCUUUUCAAUGAUUUUUUUAAACUCUUUUAUUUUAUAUCCGACAACAAUCACGCGUACGACAUCGCGUAUAUAUAGAAUAUUUUCGGAGAUAUACGAGCCAAGGAAGUGGGAUAGUUUCGCUUCACAAUGUUUUAAGGGAGGCUCCCCACAAUUUUCCAAUAAAAUGGUUAAUCAAAUAAUUCUUGGAACAACCACCAUCUACGUCUUUGUGUAAGUAUAUAAUUUUUUUGAAAUAUAAAAGCCAAGGAAAUAGGAGAUUUCGACAUCGGAUUGUUUUAAUGGCAGUUCCCCACAAUCUUUAUGGGUAAUCAAAAUAAUUCUUUGCAAUAAUUUUUUUUAUAUUCUUCUAUUUUAUAGCCCCUACCCCACCAGCAUCUACAUCUUUGUGUAAGUAUAGAAUUUUUUUUGAAAUGUAAAAACCAAGGAAAUAGGAGAUUUCGACAUCGGAAUGUUUUAAUGGCAGUUCCCCACAAUCUUUAUGGGUAAUCAAAAUAAUUCUUUGCAAUAAUUUUUUUUAUAUUCUUCUAUUUUAUAGCCCCUACCACACCAGCAUCUACAUCUUUGUGUAAGUAUAGAAUUUUUUUUGAAAUGUAAAAACCAAGGAAAUAGGAGAUUUCGACAUCGGAAUGUUUUAAUGGCAGUUCCCCACAAUCUUUAUGGGUAAUCAAAAUAAUUCUUUGCAAUAAUUUUUUUUAUAUUCUUCUAUUUUAUAGCCCCUACCCCACCAGCAUCUACAUCUUUGUGUAAGUAUAGAAUUUUUUUUGAAAUGUAAAAACCAAGGAAAUAGGAGAUUUCGACAUCGGAAUGUUUUAAUGGCAGUUCCCCACAAUCUUUAUGGGUAAUCAAAAUAAUUCUUUGCAAUAAUUUUUUUUAUAUUCUUCUAUUUUAUAGCCCCUACCACACCAGCAUCUACAUCUUUGGGUAAGUAUAGAAUAUCUUAUGAGAUAUAAAGCCAUGGAAAUGGGAGAGUUUCCCUUCAGAAUGUUCUAAAGGCGGCUCCCUACAAUUUUCCAAUAUUUGCAUAGGUAACCAAAAUAAUUAUUUGCAAUAAUUCUUUAUAUUCGUUUAUUUUAUAGCGACCACAUUAGCAACAGCGUCUCCGAGUGAGUAGAAUAUUUUAUGAGAAUUAAAAGCCAAGGAAAUGUGAGAGUUUCCCUUCGGUAUGUUUGAAAGGCGGCUCGUAUAAUUUUCUAGGAACUUAUAGGUAAUCAAAAUAAUUCUUCUUAAUAACGUUUUAAUAUUGUUUUAUUUUAUAGCGACCUCACCAGCAACAACGUCUCCGAGUGAGUAUAGAAAUUUUAUUCGAAAUAAAUGCCAAGGAAAUGUGAGAGUUUCCCUUCGGAAUGUUUUAAAGGCGGCUCGUAUAAUUUUUUAGGAACUAGGUAAUCAAAAAAAUUCUUCUUAAAAUUAAUAACGUUUUAAUAUUAUUUUAUUUUAUAGCGACCUCACCAGCAAUGUCUUCUCCGAGUGAGUAUAGAAUAUUUGAUGAGAAAAAAAAUGCCAAGGAAAUGUGAGAGUUUCCGAACUGUUCUAAUGGCGGCACCUUGCAAUUUUCUAAUAACUAGGUAAUCAAAUUAAUUCUUUUCAAUAACGUUUUAUAUUCUUUUAUUUUAUAGCGAUCUCACCAGCGACAACGCCGUCGAGUAA